CAUAUGUGACCCUCUGGUGGCUGAGUUUCCUCGCCAUGCAGCAGGGUGAAGGCGGAGAAGAGCAGGAUAACGAGGAAAUGCGGAGGUCGAUGCAGGAUGCGGAGAGACGAUCACUCGAGGGUCAGGGCUGGGGAAUUCAUCGGGGGGCGACUGUCUUAGACGAGAGAUGGUAUAUUGGCGGCUACUUCCACCAAACCGACCGCCACCCACUCACCCUCCCCACCCCGUGGGCAGAGCCCUCCUCCUCCUCGUCCUCCUCCAGCCCCCAAAAGCACGGCACCCGCUCCCUCAGCACAACAAUCACCUACCUCCUCGCCCCCUCCUCCGCGGUGGGCGUCUUCCACCGCAACAAGGGGCGGACCGUGCAUUCGCUGCAUCGGGGACGGGGACGAUACGUUCUGUUGCGGGAGGAUGCACCGGUCACUGGGGAUGAGGAUGAGGAUGAGGCGAAUGGGGAAGGGAGAGGGAGAGGGAGAAGCAAAGGCAAAGGCCAGGCUACCGUUGAAACCUUCGUGGUAGGUAUGGACACGCAGCACGGGGAGCGGAUGCAGUGGGUGGUUGAGGGGGGGGUGUGGAAGGGGUGUUUCUUGGAAACACGGGACAUCGAGAGUGAUCAUGGGAAUGGGUUUGAGGGAAUGUUGAUUAGUGAGACAGUCAUGCCUGGGUUCGAGAUGGAGGACCACGAGUUCCUCACGCGGACGAAGAUGGAGGAGAUGCUCACGGAGGAGCAGACGCAGGAACUCCAGUGGAUGUUGCGGGAGAAUCAUCCUGAGUUACCAUCUUUGUAG